CCUUGUUUUAUGACAGCAUCUGCUUCUAGACUCUCACAUUUUAUCUGCUCUGCUGCUCUUUUCAGACGCCUCUGCUGGUGGCUGUCACUGCCAGGCAGCCAGCUAUUGUCUAUGAUUUGCUCCAGACAGGAGCAGAUGUCAAUGCUGUAGACAACAAAGGGCAGUCAGCUUUACACCUCGCUGCCACGUACGGGUACGCCCAAGUUCUUCAGGUUAUACUGUCACUGGGUUUCCCUCUUGAUUUAGAAAUGAAGGACUUUGAAGGCCAUACCCCACUCCACUGUGCUGUUCUGGCCCACAACGUCCUGCUCCGGGAGCAGGGUUGCCAGAUGCUGACGGAGGAGCAGCAGAAAGAUCUUCAGCACCAGAGUGAAGAGCUGGAGUCGUGUAUCCGCCUCCUGGUGCAGACGGGAGCCUCCAUCUACAGCCGGGAUGUGAAAAGCAACAAGACAGUCCUUCAUUAUACAGUCCAGGAUGGGAACAUCUCCCUGCUCAGAUACUUCUUGGAGCUGAAUGCUUUUAAGUCCAAGGACUUUGUCAACAACAAGGCACAUGGCAACACAGCUUUGCAUAUGGCAGCUGCAUUGCCUCGCGACAAGAACCAGAAGGAAAUCAUCCAGUUGCUCCUUGACCACGGGGCAGACCCAAGCAUCCGAAACUUAGACAACGAUCAGCCAAUCCAUAUGGCUCCUUCUGGAAAAGCCGGGGAUCAGACAUUUACUGAAGAAAGGGAAAGUUGCAUCUGCAUUCGUUUCUUGCUGCCGAAAUGCCAGAUCCUAGGUUGCCUGCAAUUUGUGGAACGGCUUCGACCUCAGCUGGCUGAUUGCACAAGGCCUCUUAGAAAACCUGUGAGGAUGGUUAACCAGCACAUCUCUGCUCUGAGAGUUUUUAAACCAGGGUGGGAUGACAGUGUUUCUCAACCUGUGGACCCCGAGUUGCAUGACAAUAAGAUGAAGGGUAGAUGUCUUAAAUCACUGCAGCAACUUCCUUGAUCACCCACUGACUAACUCAAUGAGGUUUUUCUGCAGCACUUGUCGGUCUUGCAGGCCUGGGCUGUUUAAACAACUGUCCAGCAGACUUGAACAAAAGCGCUUCAGAAAUGUAGAGAUCUCCUCAACUUUCUCAGCCCUCCUCUCUGCUGUUUUGCUUCU